AUGACCUCUCUGGUCGAGGCCGCGCGGUGCAAGCGGUGUGUGAAUGACGGGCGAGAUGAGUGUAGGGUGCCCUUCGCGAAGACGUGCUGUCACCGCUGUAUGAGGAGGAAGGUCAACUGCUCGCUCACGGACCAACGAGCCUCUGAGGCGGUUGACUCGCCGCGCGCGUCCCUGGCACCUGUGCUGCAGAAUAAUUCCGCACCCGACUCUCUACCACGUGCACGCUCGUCAUCGCGUUCGCCCGCGCCUUCUCCAUCGCAUUCGCCCUCGCGUUCUGUCACUCGCUCGACGCCCGCAUCGCCGCCCAACGUUGUAUCCGACUCAUCAUCCCCGCUGCCGGCUGGGCGUAUCGCAUCUGCACAGUCGCAGUCGCCCGCUUCUUCUGCAAGCCCAUCGACCGUCUCAGUGGCGCAGAUGAUGGACGUGGAUCCUGUGUCGCCAGGAACAUCAAGCAGUGUUGACGCGGGUGCUGGGCCUUCGAGCUUUGGAGCCCAUCGUGUCGCGAGACGCAAACUCAACGAGCUCGACACCAAUGCGAUCAUCCGCGAUGUCAAGCGAUCAUCGGAUCUCCCUAUGGCCGAACGAUUGAACGUCCAUCAGGGGGUGAUCGCGCGGCUCAUCAACGAGGUCGCGAGAUUGCGGGGUGCCCUUCAGGCGACGAAGAAGAAACGUGCUCGGUACGGGGGUGAUGAAGAUGAUUGA